AUGAUCGGCAUCAGUCUUCUAAGCCACUAUCCACCAGGUGGCCUUCAAGUGAUCCAUCCACCACAAAGCACCAGUAGUUCAGGCCAUAGCAUCUCUCAAACGAGCUGCUACAGACCCUAUCACUGUGGCAGCAGCUGCUACAGACCACAAGGUUAUGGUUAUGUGUCCGGCUAUGGCGGAAGCUGCUUUAACCCUUGUGGCUACAGCGGCCAAUCCAGUUAUGGAGGAAGCUGUUACAGACCACAAGGUUAUGGUUAUGUGUCUGGCUAUGGCGGAAGCUGCUAUAACCCUUGUGGCUACAGCGGCCAAUCCAGUUAUCGAGGAAGCUGCUACAGACCACAAGGUUAUGGUUAUGUGUCUGGCUAUGGCGGAAGCUGCUAUAACCCUUGUGGCUACAGCAGCCAAUCCAGUUACGGGGGAAGCUGCUACAGACCACAAGGUUAUGGUACCAUCUCUGCUUCUGGCAGGAGCUGCUAUGAUCCUUGUGGCUACAGCGGCCAAUCCAGUUAUGGAGGAAGCUGUUACAGACCACAAGGUUAUGGUUACAUCUCUGGAAAAUCCUGCUAUGGACCACGUGGCUAUAAAUCCUUCUCUGGUUAUAGCGGAAGCUGCUAUGAACCAUGUGUCCAUAGUCCCCUCUACAGUUACAGCAAAAGCUGCUCUAGGUCACAUGGCUACGGUUACACCUCUGGCUACGGCGGAAGCUGCUACGACCCAUGUGGCUAUAGUCCAGUCUCCAGUUAUGACGGAAGCUGCUACAAGCCGCAAGGUUAUGGUUACUUCUCCGGCCAAGGCAGCAGCAGCUGCUACAAGCCACGUAGAUAUAGCAGUGUCUGCGGUUAUGGCGGAAGCUGCUACGAACCACGUGGUUAUGGGUACCGCUGCGGUUACGGCGACAGUUCCUGCGACCCGUGCUAUGCUCCCAGCUGCCAGCAGCCACGCUAUGCCUACCGGCGCCGUUACAGCUGCCAACCCGCUUCCACUGACCCGUGUUACUACGGCUCAGGAUCAUCGUACCCAUCCAGUCACUGGAGGCAUGACAGCGGCAUCUCUAGUGGUUGUGGGCCAUGCUAA